GAGAGGGAGUAGGAGGGAGACCGGCUCCGGAGCGACGACGCGGCAGCAGCAGAAGCAGAAGCAGAAGCAGCAGCAGCGGCAGUGGUGUGUCGGUCUUUGUGGGGAAAACUGGUGGAUCUUGUCUAUUCUCCGGAUUUUGGACUCGGGCGGCUCGGAUAACUUCACACGGGACAAAACCUCCCUCUGCCUUCUUCCAUGCCAUCCGCCGAUCCGCUUCGCCCGGCGUGUUGACGCCACCGGAGGGAGAGAGAGAAAAGGGGGGAAGCCGGGGAAGCUGCACCGGGAGGAGCGCGUGUUGACAGGCGGAGGGCGACAUGAAGAUCCACGCGUUUCCGUCCGCCAGCUGCACCGCAUAGACGCGACACAACACGCCGCGCGGUGGUUUCCUUCUCGUGGGUUUUUGUAAAUGGGAUUUCAGGAGCUUAUGAUGCAGCAACGUGGGUCGGCGGCGGCAGCAUCAGUUUACAAUCGGGGACAGGGAGAGGGAUGCUGCACGCGUGAGGUUCUGCACCGGAGGGCAGCGUGUUAUUGAGGGGUUUGCACGGCGUGGAAAUAAUGCACCGAGACACAACUUUGUUUCACGGGCCUGACACACUGCGAGACGCGUGAUUGUCCCCUCGUAGAAGUGCGUUUGUGUCCUCGCGCGGGCGCAUGCUCCGGUAAUCCUGUUAUUCUUGAAUACACAGCUCAGCGCUUCGGUGCCAUUUCUCCGCCAGCCCCGGAGCCCUGUGCUGUUUUCAAAACCCCCGCAGUCUGUCAGUGUCAGUGGUUGUGUUGUGUAGAUGACACCCCCCACACAGAGGUGUAGGUGUCUGUGGUACGUGUAGGCAGGGCCCGAACCUGGUGCAGAUCCAGUGGAGAGCGAGGUGAGCUGUUUAAGCUGAUCUGCAAUUAUGACAACAAAGCCUUUGAACCUCUGAACCUGUGCAAGUGUCACGGGGGUGUGUGUUAAUCCCGCGCACAUACAUAGUGUGUGUUUUAUGUUUGGUGGCAGCAGAUCGGCUGCUCGCCACAGAGAGGACUCUGUCACAGCCCUUAGCUGAGGAACCCUGCAUUGCAUCGUCUACAAGAAAAAGUUUUCAAUGGUUUUCCGAAAGUUGCCCGGUGUGUCGGCGUCGGGCAUGGGUCUGCGCCUGUCCCAGAAGUUCGUCUUUCUGCUCUUUCUCUCGGGUUUGGUCACACUCUGCUUCGGGGCCCUCUUCUUUCUGCCUGACUCGGUCCGGCUAAAACGCAUCUUCCUGUCCAAGACAGAGACGCAGCCGGUCACCGUUGGCUCCGGGUCCGAGAACGAUGCCCGGGAGCACAUGAAGAGAGCCAGCAAGGAGCCGGAGCCCCCGCGGGGUGUGACCUCCGCCAAGAGGGAGACCAGCACCAAGCUGAAGAGCCUCAUCCGCAAGCCGUCCGUCUCUCACGAGGCCACGGAGGAGCGGCCGGCCGGGGUCAGGGCGCAGGACGACCUGACUCUGUCCCGGUCCAGGACGGAGUCCGCCUCGGAGAGAGUGACCUCCACCGACCGCGCUGCCGGCUCGGAUACUUUCAGUUACCAGAAGUUCACGAGGUGUCUGCUCAAGCCCCCGCUGGGGAGGGACGGCGGCAAGCCGAGCGACCCCAAGAGCGAGGAGCGCCGGCUGAAAGUCAAAGAGAUGAUGAAGUUUGCCUGGGACAACUACAAGCUCUACGCCUGGGGCAAGAACGAGCUGCGGCCUCUGACGAAAAACGGCCAUAUUGGCAACAUGUUCGGUGGCCUGAGAGGAGCAUCCAUCAUUGACUCACUGGACACACUGUAUAUAAUGGGGUUGAUGGAGGAUUAUAACGAUGCCAAGGAGUGGGUGCGGAACAGCCUGGACCUGAACUCGAACGGCGAGGCAUCACUCUUCGAGGUGAACAUCCGUUACGUCGGUGGGCUGCUGUCAGCGUACUACCUGACAGGAGAGGAGCUGUACAGGAGUAAAGCAAUGGAGCUGGGGGAGAAGCUGCUGCCGGCCUUCAACACGCCGACAGGAAUCCCCAGAGGAGUCAUCAACCUGGGGAGUAGUGGAACCAGUUGGAGUUGGGGCUGGGCCUCAGCCGGGAGCAGCAUCCUGGCUGAGUUCGGGACCCUUCACCUGGAAUUCGUGCAUCUGUCCGAGGUCUCCAACAAUCCCAUCUACACAGAGAAGGUGAUGAACAUCAGGAAACUUCUGAACAAGAUUGAAAAACCUCACGGCCUGUAUCCCAACUUCCUCAGUCCAGUCAGCGGCAACUGGGUCCAACAUCAUGUUUCCAUCGGUGGCCUCGGGGACAGUUUCUACGAGUACCUGAUCAAAUCCUAUCUGAUGUCAGAUAAGACCGAUGAUGGGGCAAAGACGAUGUACUAUGGAGCACUGGAGGCGAUUGAAGCUAACCUGGUGCAGAAGUCAACCGGGGGCCUCACCUACAUGGCCGAGUGGAGGGGUGGGAUCCUGGAUCACAAGAUGGGCCACCUGGCCUGCUUCUCCGGGGGAAUGAUCGGCAUUGGGGCGGAUGAUGGAGCUCCGGACAAGAGGCAACACUACCUGGACCUGGCUGCAGAGAUCACGCACACGUGCCAUGAGAGCUACACACGCUCAGCCACCAAACUGGGACCCGAGGCGUUCAGAUUCGACGCCGGAGCUGAAGCCACGGCAACGAGGCUGAGUGACAGAUAUUACAUCCUACGACCUGAAGUCAUCGAGAGCUACAUGUACAUGUGGAGACUCACUCACGACCCCAAGUACAGAGACUGGGGAUGGGAGGCUGUGGAGGCCCUGGAGGAGCACUGCAGAGUGGAGUCUGGCUUCUCCGGCAUCCGAGACGUCUACACCGCGACAGUCAGCCACGACAACAUGCAGCAGAGCUUCUUCCUCUCAGAGACACUCAAGUAUCUCUACCUCCUCUUCUCCGACGACGACCUCCUCCCGCUGGAGGACUGGGUCUUCAACACAGAGGCCCACCCACUGCCCAUCAUCCAUAAGAGCUGCCUGCAGGAGGAGGCCACACAGGAGAAGACAGUUUCCAACUGAGACUGAACACAAGCGGUCACUGAUACACAUGCGCACACACACAGAGUCACACACACACACACACACACACACACACACACACACACACACACACACACACAAACACCAAGUCAAAGCAGGUUCAGAGUAUUUCAGGAGCGUGUCAUGGACUCUUCAAUUCCUUUCCAGUAAAGGAUGUUGUCGUUUUACGCUGUGAUUGUAUAUCCUUUCGCCGGGGUGACUUCCUGCUGGCACUUCUUUUUUGUGGACAAUCAAGACAAACAUGACUUUCAUGAAAAGAGCACCUUUUUCUUUCCUUCUUUCCUCUGUGAGGAAACCAGUAUAACUUGCAGACCCAAAUGUAUGGGAGGAGGGGUUGAACCAUGGGCCAUAUUGUUAGAAAGAGGGAGAAACGUAAAUAGAAAACCACUUUGAGUUUUGCUCUUGGAUUCUCCUCAGAUCUCUCGUUGCAUUUUCUCCUUUGUGAGUUUCACUCUCUGACCAAAGGUUUCUUUGCAUUCCCUUCCCAUCUUUUUCCAGCUAACGUGUUCUUGGUGAGAUUUGACGGAACAAGGGGUUGAAAUCUAACGAUUAUUAAUUAAUGUACAGACAACUAUGAAAUGUGAUUCUGGAACCCACCUCCAAACUAAUGUUGAUGUCAUGUUUCCUACUGAAACAAGCUUGAAUGAUGUUUAUUAACGAGAGGAAAGUGUCCGUGUCUUAUGCAUCCAGGGACCAUAUUUUAACAGAGGACGUCGGGGGGGUUUUGGGGGGACACUGUUUGAGCGGGACAGCGCUGUCUCGGUCCUCUCAGCCUUUCCAGUCAGAGACACAAAUGGAGAUCUGUCAGUUCUGUGACUGGGAUACAAGCUCAACGGGGAAAAGAUUGAAUUUGCCAGUUUGCUCCUUGUGGGUUUCCCUGUUUCUAUUGUAGUUUUUUCUGCCUUUACAUGUGAAUCCAUACAGCUGCCGAUGCUGAUGUAAAGGCUGUCAGGCUGCAGAGACCACUUUUCAUUUUCACCACCGUUCUUUUCAUCACAGCUACCGAGCGAAUGUGCUGUACAUACAGAUGGAGAGAGAGAGACCCCUGUACGAGCUUGUCUUGACUUUACUUUGUGAUCGUUUCUCUUAUUUUCUCUAAACUUCAGUGGUUAUUUUUUCUGGGUUCUCUUUUGAUUUGCUUCCCUCAGGUGUUUCAGUACAAAAAAAAGGAAAAAAAAAAACGUUUUAAAAAAGUUUUGAUUUUAAGUCUAGUUAUAUGCUGAUAUUAAUUAUUGUUAUGACUUAUUCUUACUGUUUGAUUUAACUUUCAUUGUUGAAUAUUUUAAAUACUGAUAAAAAAAAUAACUGUGCAACUUUGUACAUUUAAAACAA